AUGUCUGGUGUUGUCGGCCCUUCCGCCAUGCCGAGUACAUCCGCUUCCCUUGCCCAGGCUAUCAACAACACUGUCUCCGCGACUUCCGGCAACUCGAUCCUCCCCUCCUCGCCGCUCGAACUUCUUACUUUACCCUUUCGCGCCUUACAGCGCGCCGAGACCUUCGCUUUUAGUACGGUCCCUCGACACGUCGCGAGACUCGCUGGAAUCGAAGACGUCACUGUGAACUUAUGGAGUGGCCCUGCAUCGACGGCAAGUGAUACAGGGAUGGCAGGCGAGGCAGCGGCAGCAACGGCCAAUAUGGCGCGUGAGGCGGUCGGAUAUGGCGAUAGUUGGUAUGUGACCGAGUUUCUGCAGACCAUGCGGAAGGUCGGCGGAUUCUUUGGCUAUUUGACCAGCGUUUGGGCGUUCGCCUGCCUGGUCGAGGCUCUUAUCCUCAACCGCAUCACUAUUUAUGCAUCCACCCGAAGACAUCUAAGGUUAGGAUGGGAAAGACGGCUCGCUCUACGGAUUAUUCCGAUCCUUCUAUUUGCCUCGCAAAUACUUUCGCUUCUGCGUGGCAUUCGGUGCCAGACGUCGCCCGAUUACUCCUCUAUGCGAUACGGAAAGCCGGGGAAAUCAUUGAUCUUCGACUAUGCGAGUGCCGGAGGUGCUCUCCACUCAAUUGCGUCUACGCUGUUACCAUGGGAAUCCGAUGAACGGGCCUGCAGCGCCGUGAAUAUGGGACUUGAUGCUACCAAUACCGAUAUCCCAUUCGGAUCCUUUUCUCUCCUAUGGCCGGUUUUCCUGUUACUUUGCCUGAGUCAUUUUGUCGAAACACUUUCCUGCGCACUUCAGGGCCGGCCAGUGAUGACCGAGACUGGAAUGUCUAUCUUCGAGCACUCCCUAGCUUUUGCUGAGGCCGAGUCCAUGAUCAGUAGAUCGAUAGGACUUGGGCUUUUCGGUCUUCCCAAGCAAAGCCCUCUCAACGAAAGUGGCUCGGGUGAUAGUGCAUCGCCCCUCCAAUUUCUCACAAGAGCUCAAGUCCUCGAUAGAAUGAACGCCACUCCGGAACUCCUGCUCAUUGUUUUGAUUUCGUGCUUGAACAGCCUCUCCUCACACAUUCUCGACGUCUUUGGGAAACAGGGUCGAUACCGUCUCUUUAAUACUGCUCUUUGGGGCUUCUGCUUCAUGGCAGCCAUGUUGUGGGGGAUGGAAAGUGGCCCUCCAGUCAGCCUCGAAACUGGAGUGCUCCGAUUCCCCACAGUUUGCAUUGUCGGCUUUGUCCCCCAUCUUUUGGUCCUCCUCGGCAUUGUUACAUGUUUCUCUAUCUAUGGAAUUGCUCUGUUUGUUACUGCAUUUUCUUUGCCCUUUGAGGAAGGGCAGCCGACUUCUCUUCGGGAACGCUUCGCGCUGGCUCACGAGAACAUGCAAGGCUCCAACCAGAUCCGUAGCAUCCAUAUCAACAGACACGAAGAUUUUUACACCACCUUACUUCGGAUUGGUUACGUUGCACUGACCGCUGCAAGCGAAGCUGUCUUUUUGAAUGAGGGCAAGGCCGUCGUUGCAAGGCAAAUGACUUGGCUCGAAAAAGAUCGACUGGCUGAGAUUGAAGCUUCUCGCCAAAGAAAUUCGUCUCACAGAAACUGGCCCAACCACGUUGAGGGAAGUCCUUUCGAGACUGUAGGCUUCGCUAGCUUUACAUUGCCGGAUCAGCCUUCUUCAUGGGAAAGUGGAUACAACAGGGAAAAGAAACUGGAAAAGCCGAAGAAUGGAUCUCGGCAGAUGCGACCUCAAGCCGAACUCGGAGGUGUCGGCGCUGUGCGGGCAUCCGUUCGUUUAUGGCAUGGUAUCUCUUUCCUUCGAUCGAUCUUCUCGCUCGUUGUCCGAUGGAUCUCAUAUGGAUUCAACCGUGCCCUUGAUCGCCUGGGAGUUAGCUACCGACCCCUGUGGCUUAAACGCCAGUCCGGGAAGAAGAAGACCAAAGCUAGGCCCGGAAGAGGACCUCCAGGAUCUUUAGACUUUUGGGUUCUCACUGACGAAGGCGAGCUUGAACUACCCGACAACCACGAUUUCGAUGUUGAGCUGGAAAUGCGGAAACGAGAACGUUCCAGUCAACUGGAUCGAGAGGAACUAGACGAGCGCCGCAUGGAUGAGAAACUAUAUACGUGGUGGAGGGCGGGAGGCUCUUGGGGCGAUCAGGACCACACGCCUGAUUUCGACCCUCCUGGAGAGGAUGAUGACACGACGAGUGUAAUCUCAAUGUCCACCAAUGCCUCAGAGUCAGAAUGGGAGGACUACCCGUCGGAUGGCCGUCGCACCCCAACACAGGAGGACCCGUAUCCUCAGUUCUCUCGAGAGGGCACACCUCAUCAGGAUGCUCUCAUGGAUUUGAGUGCUUUCGCCCGUUUGCUCGACCCCCGCGAUCGCGAAACCAGAGAAGAGGCACGGAUUCUUGCAGCACAUCUAAGUCCAGGCCAGGGAUCUGGUCGAAUCAUGACUCGCAGCCAGUACCAGCAGCAAGUAGAGCGGGAGAGAUCCCGUGUGCUACUGUCAUCCCGGUUGCACCAUGCAGCGACAAACUCCCACGCUGAGCAUCGGAAACCAUCUGCCGACGAAGAGGCCGAGAUGCUUGAAAAGCUGAUCCUUUCCCGUCGUGCAGACUUUGAGAAGUCUUCCAACACGGACUCCAGCACCUGGGAGUCUGGCGCUAUGGGUCUGGGGGAGAACGGCCCACCCUGCGUCGUUUGCCAGACAAGUCCGCGGUCGAUCAUCACCUGGCCCUGCCGAUGUCUCUGCAUCUGCGAAGACUGCCGUGUCAGCUUAGCCAUGAACAACUUUGGCAGCUGUGUGACUUGUCGACAAGAGGUCGGUGGGUUCAUGAGGCUAUGGGUACCGUGA